AUGGCGGGAAGGCAAACCAGAUGGGAGGCGUUGUUCUGCACCGCCCUCCUACACACCAUCAUCGCCCUCUCCGCCGCCGGAGACACCCUCGUUCCCGGCGACCAUAUGGAAGACGGCAGUUCCCUAGUCUCCUCAGAUGGGAGCUUCAAGCUGGGAUUCUUCACGCCGGGGAAGUCGAAGUUCAGGUUCCUGGGUAUUUGGUACAACCAGAUCCCCGUCCAGACGGUGGUCUGGGUGGCUAACCGUGAUAACCCCCUGCCGGACAAAACCGGCGUCCUCUCCAUCUCCAUCAAUGGCAGCCUCUCCCUCUCCGACUCAAAGGGGGAGGUCUACUGGUCGACGGCUUCGACGAGGCUUGCCAGGCCAGUUGCCAAGAUUCAUGACGACGCCAACUUCGCCGUGGCCGGCGCCGGCGAAAGUGGAUACGCCUGGCAGAGCUUUGACCAUCCCAUGGACGCCCUCCUCCCUGAGAUGAAGUUGUGGGUCGACCGUCGGACUGGGUUUACCACAAACUUCACUUCAUGGAAGUCCGACGACGACCCUGGCACUGGAGACUGCACUUUCUUCUUAGACUCUAAUGGGGCUCCGCAGAUGAUCUUAGUCCAGGGCUCCAAGCGGGUGUGGAGGUCGGGUCCGUGGGUAGCAGGAAGAUUCAGCGGCGUCCCGGAGAUGAGGAGCUACGGAGUCUUCAACUUCUCCUUCGUCUCAAACGCCAACGAAGCCUACUACCAGUUCAGCAGCCGGAGUACGUCCGUCCUGUCAAGGCUGGUGGCGAAGCCGGAAGGUCUGAUACAACGGCUGGUCUGGAUAGAGGGCGAGGGCGAGUGGAACGUGUUCUGGUCCGGUCCCAGGGACCGCUGCGACGCCUUCGGCCAGUGUGGGAUCUUCGGCGUCUGCGACGCCAACGAGUUUCCUAUGUGCCGCUGCCUCCAAGGUUUCGAACCAAAGUCGCCGGAGAACUGGAAUCUCAAGAAGGGGAAAGACGGUUGCAGGCGGAGGACGGCAGUGCAUUGCAAAAAUAGCACCGACGGGUUCCUCUUGGUGGCUAACACGAAGCUUCCUGACACCUCAACGGCGAUCGUGAUGGACAAGUUGGGGACAAGGGAAUGCAUGGAUGCGUGCCUGAUGAAUUGCUCCUGCACCGCCUACGCCAUUGCGGAGAUCAUCGACGGCGGCAGGAGCGGCUGCAUACUCUGGAGUGGCGCGUUGACGGACCUCCGGGUCUACACAGAUGGCGGGCAGGACCUGUUUGUCCGUCUCGCACGAGCCGAUCUAGGUACGACCGGAGAAAACUACUUUCAGCUUGGGUGGAAGUAAUCUUCUGGGGUUUUAAGAGCCGGCGGUUCUGACCACUGGUAACCCAGAAAAGAGGUCUGAUGGGGGCGGGGCUCACCAACGACCUCCAGCCGUUGUUCUGACGAAUUUCCUGCCGUCAGCAGCUGGGGAAACGGAGGUCUACGUGCGCUAUUUAUUUAACUGAUUCGAGUAUGGCUUCGAGGUAAGGAGGUCGACUCUCGCUGCAGGUUUGUCACCGAGUCAGGCGAACAGAAGACGUAUUGUGGCGUCGGUGUCGGCGGCGGCGGUGGUUCUGGUGGGGAUACUUCUGUUUGGGUUGGUCGCCGGGUUUGUCCGGCGGCGGAGGAAUCGUAGUAAUACAGGUUAGAGAGUCCUUUUCUCAGCUCCCUCCCUCUCUUUGCGCCCUCCGUUCUGUCUACCUGUGUGCAUGGUCUCCCCCUUGCGUGCGUGUGCAUCUCUCUAUUUUCUCUCUCUUUCUCACUCUCUCUCCCUCUCUCUCUCUCUCCGUCUCUCUCUCUCUCUCUCCCCUCCCUCUCUCCCGACAUUGAUGGUUGACACAGCCCCCUCCCUUUUUGUAGUGGUUCUCAGAAGGUACCCGAGCGCGAAGAGCGAGAACUGGGACGAGGAAAUGGCCAGGUCGAGGGAGCUGGAUCUCCCCAUGUUUGACCUCACCGCCAUCGCCACUGCAACUGACCACUUCUCCACCGAAAAUCUUCUCGGGGAAGGCGGCUUUGGGCCCGUUUACAAGGUCAACCAACUCGCCUCUUUGAUUGAUUAAUCCAUCGUUGAACUUGAAGAUUAAGUGUUCUAAUUUUUUAAUUCUUCGUCGGCAGGGGCGGCUUGAAGGGGAGCAAAAGGUGGCAGUUAAGAGGCUGGCGAAGAGCUCCUCACAGGGCGUGGAACAGUUCAUGAACGAGGUGAGGAUGAUAGCGAAGCUCCAGCACCGGAACCUCGUCCGCCUUCUCGGCUGCUGCAUCGACGGCGAGGAGAGGAUGCUCGUCUACGAGUACAUGCCCAACGGAAGCCUCGAUUCUAUCCUUUUUGGUCAGUCUCUGUCCCUCUCUCUCUCUCUCUCUCUCUCUCUCUCUCUAGCCGUCUCUCCCCACCCCCUUUCCCACCCUCUCUGUAUAUCUUGAUCUCUCCCCCUUUAUCUGUAUAUUUUACCUCUGUCACGCUAUCUAUCUAUUCAUCUCCAUAUCCCUGUACCACCCUUUCUCUCUCUUUCCUCUGGAUCAGCAUCUAUUACCUUCCUUUUUUGUCGAGCUAUCGGCUACCUUCUCUCUCUCUCUCUAUCUCAGUCUGAUGGGAAUCCUGUAUCGUGGCAGACAAGGCCAAGGGGACGCUUGCGGACUGGGCAAUACGGUGGCAGAUAAUAACGGGGAUUGCGCGGGGGCUGCUCUAUCUCCACCAGGACUCGCCCUUGAGGAUCAUCCACCGGGAUCUCAAGGCUGGUAAUAUCCUCCUCGACAACGACAUGAACCCCAAGAUCUCUGAUUUCGGCUUGGCCCGGAUCUUCCCUGGCAACGAGACUGAGGGCAUCACUCGGAGGGUCGUCGGCACAUAGUUAGUACCUGUCUACUCUCCUCUAUAUGUAUCUCCUUUCCUGCACUCUGCUUUUCAUCUUCGAUUAUCAACGGUAUCAAGCAGCUGCUGAUCUCGUUGCUACAGUGGGUACAUGUCACCAGAGUACGCGAUGAACGGGAGAUUCUCAGUGAAGUCCGACGUUUACAGUUUCGGGGUCCUCGCGCUCGAAAUCAUCAGCGGGAGGAGGAACAGGGGCAUCCUGCAGUCCGAUCCCAAGCUCAACCUCCUGAGCUAUGUAAAUAUACAGAGAGAGAGAGAGAGAAAAUCUUUUGACCAACCAUCGAGGAGAUAAACGAUAUUUUUCAAUCUCACCGUGUGGGUGUUCUUCUCAGGCAUGGAGUCUUUGGAAUGAAGGCAGCGGGCUAGAGCUGGUUGACUCCUCGCUGGCGUACCCCAUCCCUAUGUCGGAGGUGAUGAAGUGCAUAAAGAUUGCCCUCCUCUGCGUGCAGGACCGGCCAGAGGACCGGCCGGAAAUGGCGUCAGUGGUUCUCAUGCUUGGCGGUGACAGUGGGGCACCACCACACCCCAAGCAGCCGGAGUUCGUAGUGGCGAGGCAGUGUGCAGCGGGCUCCACAAAGUCAAGCAAGAGGCUCAUCUGCACCGUCAACGAUAUCACCAUCUCCAGCUUCCACGGCCGCUAA